CUUUGGUGGUUAGCUGGUCGCUGGGGGGGUAAAAAAAUGUCCACCAAUCACAAGGCAAAACACUGUCCGUUGCUGGGCAGAUUACAGUAAUUUAUGCAAUACAGCCGUCGCUGCAGCUACCAUUCUGAGCAGGUGUCCGCGAGUGUCUCAAGUGGACUGAGGCUGCAGGCCAAGGCCCCGACACUGCGUUGCCAUGGAAGCCAAGCCCGGGACCCCCGCUGUGUGGAGUCAGUCCGCCAGCACGGAAUCAGCCGAGGCGACACAGGUGCAUUUUGAAGGCGGCGCAGUCGCGCAGAUAGUGUACAGCGGAGGCAGCGGAGGCCAGGCGGAGGGGGGUCCGCAGCAGCAGGUGGUCUACACGGCGGACGGCAGCUCGUACACCUCAGUGGAGUCUUCCGAGCACACGCUGGUGUACAUCCACCCCGCAGAUGGCACGCAGGCCGUUUUUGCCGACCAGCCUCAAGUGGCGUACAUCCAGCAGGACGGCACCACCCAGCAGGUCGCCGUUUUGCUGCCAAGCGGGCAAAACAUGAACGGCGCCAGUCUGCACGUGCUCAGCAACGUGGCCGAGGCUCCGCCGGCCGCGCUGGAGCCGGUGUCCCAGGAGCGUUUGUCCGUAUCCAACUCACUCUCCGACAUGGCGGACCCCCCGUCCAGCCCACUGGGAGCCAUGGACACCACGGACGACACGGAUGAAGACGACGACGAGGACUCUGAGAUGGACGACUGGGAGCCUCGUCAGCCCUUCAACCCUCACAGCCUCUGGUGCGAGGAGUGCAACAACGCCAACCCCACAGAUUGUAUGGACCACGGCCCCCUGCACCCGGUCCCCAACAGGCCGGUGAUGUCCAGGGCCCGGGCCAGCCUGCCCCUGAUGCUUUACAUCGAUCGCUUCCUGGGCGGUGUCUUCUCCAAGAGACGUAUCCCCAAGCGCACCCAGUUUGGCCCUGUGGAGGGACCCCUGGUUCCUGAGAGCGAGCUGCAGGACAACUUCAUCCAUCUGAAACUUAGCAUGUUGGACGCAGAGAAAGAUGGAGAAAAGUCCGAGCACACGUGGCUGGACCUCUCGGACGAGGAGAGCUGUAACUGGAUGAUGUUCGUGCGGCCCGCCGAGAACCACCUGGAGCAGAACCUGGUGGCGUAUCAGUACGGCGCCGAGAUCUUCUACACCUCAAUCAAGAACAUCGAACCCAAACAUGAGCUCAAGGUGUGGUAUGCAGCAUCCUACGCAGAGUUUGUCAACCAGAAGAUCCACAGCGUUACGGAGGAAGAGAGGAAAGUUCUGCGGGAGCAGGAGAAGAACUGGCCUUGUUACGAGUGCAGCCGGCGCUUUGUGAGCUCCGAGCAACUUCAGCAGCAUCUCAACCUGCACGAUAAAAUGAUCCAGUCUGUCAGCAGGUCCAGAGGUCGCAGCCGGGGGAGAGGCAGGAGGCGGUUUGGGACGGGAAGGAGACCGGGACGUCCGCCUAAAUUCAUACGUCUGGAUGCCCCAAUAGAAGACGAUGCGGACAAGACGACUCAGGAGAUGCUGGAGCUGGCGGAGGCACAGCCGCUGGAAGAUCCCGCUGAGGCGGCCCAGAACGGCGUGGAGGUGAUUGUGUCCGAACCCGACACGGAAGCGGAGGGACAAAUGACGUCGGAUGCCGGCGAGCCCUCCGCCGCCCAGCCCUCCGGCGUGGACCUGAGCGUGCCCGUGAAGGAGGACCCCACGCAGAGCGACCAGUCGGACGCUCAGCUCUCGUCUCAGGACGUGCGGCGCGUGAAAAGGAUACGGAACGCGGCGCUGCAGCAUCACUUCGUCCGGAAGAGCUUCCGUCCCUUCAAGUGCAAACACUGCGACAAGGCCUUCCGCGACAAGGACAAGCUGGACCUGCACCUGCGGGUCCACGGCCGCGACACCUUCGUCUUCCCCUGCCACCUGUGCAGCAAGACCUUCAUGAACGACACGGCCCUGGACGACCACCUGCUGGUGCACACGGAGACCCGCACGUACUCUUGUCUCUUGUGCGCCCAGACCUUCGAGCGGCUGGACUCGCUCCGAGACCACAUCGAGGUGCACGCUGUGGACGGGACCUUCACCUGCCCGUCCUGCAAGAAGACCUUUUCCGACUUUAUCCAGGUGAAGAAGCACAUCCGCUGUUUCCAUUCGGAGAAGAUCUUCCAGUGCCCGAGCUGCGAAAAAGCCUUCUGUCGGCCAGACAAGCUGCGGCUACACAUGCUGCGCCACUCUGAUCGCAGGGACUUCCUGUGCUCAACGUGCGGCAAGCAGUUCAAGAGGAAGGAUAAGCUGCGGGAGCACAUGCAGCGUAUGCACAAUCCCGAGCGGGAAGCCAAAAAGGCCGAACGCAUCCUCCGCUCCAAGAGCCUCAAACUGAAGGCCCCCACGUCCGACUUUGAGAGCUUUAUGUUCAAAUGCAGGCUAUGCAUGAUGGGAUUCCGACGCAGAGGAAUGCUGGUCAAUCAUUUGUCCAAGCGUCACCCUGAGAUGCAUGUGAAUGACGUCCCUGAGCUGACGUUGCCCAUCAUCAAGCCCAACAGGGACUACUUCUGCCAGUACUGUGACAAGGUGUAUAAGAGCGCCAGCAAGAGGAAGUCGCACAUACUGAAGAACCACCCGGGGGCAGAGUUGCCCCCCAGCAUCCGCAAGCUGCGCCCGGCUGCCCCCGGCGAGCCCGACCCGAUGCUGACCACGCACACGCAGCUGGCCGGCACCAUCGCAUACGCGCCGGUCUGCUGCCCACACUGCGCCAAACAGUACAGCAGCAAGACUAAGAUGGUGCAGCACAUCAGGAAGAAACACCCAGAGUUUGCCCAGCUCGCCAACACCAUCCAAGCUCCUCUAGCGACGGCCGUCAUCAGCAGCGCUCCCGCCGUCAUCAGCGCAGACGGCACCACCGCCGAGGCUGUCGUGACCACCGACUUGUUGACGCAGGCCAUGACGGAGCUCUCGCAGACGCUCACCGCAGACUACCGGACGGCGCAGGGAGACUACCAGAGGAUCCAGUACAUCCCCGUGUCCCAGGCCGGAGGCGGCCUGUCCCAGCCGCAGCACAUUCAGCUGCAGGUCGUCCAGGUGGCGCCGGCUUCCUCCCCUCAUUCCCAGCAGUCGGCCCCGGAUGGGGGCCCGCUGCAUGACCCACAUGGCUACAGCCAGCACUCCAUCCAGGUGCAGCACAUCCAAGUCAGUGAGCCCUCAGGAUCUGGACAAGGUGUCACGCAGCCUCUCAGCCCCAACUCCCAACAGACCAAUCAGGAGCUGAGCCCUGCCCAGAACCACAGCCUCCAGGGCGGCGGCAGCAGCAGCAGCAGCAGCAGCGCUCAGCAGCAGCAGCAGGGGGCGGUGCAGCACGCCUACAUACCCGGCAACUGGAACUACAGAAGCUACCCCUCAGAGAUCCAGAUGAUGGCCCUGCCUCACGCGCAGUACGUCAUCGCUGAGGCCACCACGCCGGUCACCGGAGCCAACGGCAACCAAGUGAAAACGGCGCACUACGUCAUCUCUGACUCGGAGCCGGACACAAAGCCGUCGGCUGCUCCGAGCUCGGGUCAGAACCACGGCGACCACCUGGAGCAGCCAGCCACCACGCAGUACAUCAUCACCACCACCACCAACGGCGGCGACGCUAGCGAGGUCCACAUCGCCAAACCCUGAACCUCCAUCACCGCUCCUGCGCGCCGACCUCGGCAGUUUUUUACACAAGUGGACAUUUUGGGGGGGGAAAACAAAAAAAAACUCGAUGAGUUUAGAGAAGAAAAUGAAGGCCAGCACAGUUUUAUGUGUUAAUGUCGUGGUCACAUGCUGCUAGCUAACUUACUGACACAUAUCACGGAUCUUGCCGAGUCAUCCUUUCUAACAAUUGCCAUGGACAUACUGUAUCUGGGAUAUAUAUGGUGGACAUCUUGCCGACUCAUCAUUUUGAACAUCUCCGCAGUACCUUUUGUACACCAAAACUGUGAGAGAAGAUGAGGAUCUUAAAGCGCUAAUGCAGUCGCCAUGUUUUCCCCGCUACAUUUGCUAAUCAUGAUUUCUUUUUAAUUUGUGUCCCAACCACAAGGCGUGUGUUUUCGUAGUAAAACGUGUCCGUAUAAAUAUAUGUUUUAUAAGCUCUUUUGUUUGUUUUGGACACAUUUGAAAAGAGACUUGUCAUUUACUUGAACACUGCAUACCACUUUUCUUUUAGUGAGAUGAAGUUACAAGACUUUGGUGUGUAAAUAUUGUAUUAUUUCGUGUAGGGCAGGAAGUGACUCGCUCACAGGCAUCCAGGGGUGAGGGGGCGGGGCUGAUGAAUAAAUACCACCGCUCGACCUGUCCGACGAGCUCCACAAGUCGCACAACUCCGCUUGCUUCUCUUGAUUCCUUUUCUCCCCUCAAAUCACUUCUUGUCGGCCCCUAUGCCUCGACUGAUGCUCGGCAGGCCCGAAAGUCACGGGGGCCCGGGAGCCAGUGCGAGCGCGGCCCUGGACCGGGCCCUCCGGCGGCCCUGGGAGGAGACGAAGCCUCACGGGUGAGUUGUGUCACUUGUUUUAUUUUUAUUUUUGUGGACAUCUUGCUGCCACCAAUCAGUGCACAUCUCAGGAGCCCACGUGACGGUCAAAACAACUUCUACUUCCGCUAAUAUUUGGAUUAAACAGGUCAUGGAAAUUCUACACGUAAAUGAAUAACAUUAACUCUUUUAUUGAGAUGAAAAUGAUUAAUUUUCUGCUUUGUUCUCCUGUUCAGGGUCACAGGUGAGCUGGAGCCUAUCCCGUCUGACUUAGUGCAAGGAGCGGGGUGCACCCUGGACUGGUAUGUCAAUUAUUAUUAUUAUUAUUAUUAUUAUUAUUAUUAGGGAUGUCCGAUAAUGGCUUUUUAGCCGAUAUCCGAUAUUGUCCAAAUCUUAAUUACCAAUACCGAUAUCAACUGAUACCGAUAUAUACAGUCGUGGAAUGAACACAUUAUUAUGCCUAAUUUGGACAACCAGGUGUGGUGAAGAUAAGGUCCUUUUUAAAAAAAAUAAAUAAAAAAAAAGAUGAUAAAUUUAAAACAUUUUCUUGAAUAAAAAAGAAAGUAAAACAAUAAAAAAAACAGUUGCAUAGAAACUAGUAAUGAAUGAAAAUGAGUAAAAUGAACUGUUAAAGGUUAGUACUAUUAGUGGAGCAGCAGCACGCACAAUCAUGUGUGCUUACGGACUGUAUCCCUUGCGGACUGUAUUGAUAUAUAUUGAUGUAUAAUGUAGGAACCAGAAUAUUAAUAACAGAAAGAAACAACCCUUUCCUUUUGUGUGAAUGAGUGUGAAUGGGGGAGGGAGUUUUUUUGGGUUGGUGCACUAAUUGUAAGUGUAUCUUGUGUUUUUUAUGUUGAUUUAAACAUUUAAAAAAACAAAAAAAAACGAUACAGAUAAUAAAAAAAACGAUAACAAAAAUUUCCGAUAUUACAUUUUGAAGCAUCUCUAAUUAUUAUCAUUAUUAUUAUUAUUAUUUACGAUCGUCCUUCCCCUUAAGAAUUUUGUGGCUUCACUCUCGUCGUUUUUUCAUAAUCUAUGCAUUUAAAAAGAAUCAUAUUGUAGUGCCUGUACUGCCUGUUGUUGGUCAAAAAUACACAUAGGGGUGUCAAAAAAAUCGAUUUUUGAAAGAAUCACGAUUUCUUACUUUUUUAAUUGAUUAAAAAAAAAAUCAAAAAUGUUUUUCUGUUUUAAUAAUUUUUAAAAAAAUCUGUCCUAUCCAGCCACUCAGGCAAAUCAUAUAGUUAAUGUAGAUGAUCAUAUCUGCUGUACACAUUUACUUUAGAAAAGAGAAGUGUUGCCUUAUUUGUAUUUGACUUUGUUAAAUGUUUGGGAAGCAUUUUAUUAAACAAAUCCGGUUUUCUUUUAAGAAAUAUAAACAUGUAUCAGAGCUGUUUAUCUAUUUUAUGGAGGAAUGUAGUUUAUCAUAGAACUGGCACCCAAUGUUAUUAAAAAAGCGUUGAUUUUGAAUCGGGGAACCAAAUCUGAAUGGAAUCGUUACCCCUAAGAAUCGAAUCAAAGAUUCGCAGCUCCUAUAUUUAAGCAAAGUUGACAUAAUUUUGACUGAAAUUAAGCUUAAUGGCUAAAUUAACUUCAUAAAUCUGUGAGAUGUCAGGAGAAAGGGGGCGUAAAAGUAUAUUUUACGUUAGUAAAGAACUAUCUUGACAUUUACAGAUAAAAAAAAAAAUAUUAACUUCAGGGGGCGUGAAAAAUUCUCUCCAUUAGGGGGAUGUGACAGAAAAUAAUUGAGGACUACUUUAAGGAUACUACUAUUAAAGAUUUCCUAACAAGUAAAACUAAGGAGUAAAACAAUUUUUAGGUUUCUUAUUAUUUUA